AUGUCGCUCCACAACUGGUGCAAGUACAGAUGUGGGGGCUUGGUGUCUGCAAAGCUUAAGGGCUUCAUGCACUGGCCCGCCCGCAUAUAACAGACAAGCGAGUCCAACAGAUACCAAGUCUUUUUUUCAGGACCCAUGAGACGGUAUUCCUGGGCCCCCAAAAUCUUUUCCCUUAGGAAGAAUCCAAGGAGAAGUCUGGCAAACCGAACAAGAGGAGAAGGUUCAGUGCGGGGCUGUAGGAGAUCUAGUACAAGUCUACUGUCAAGGCCUGACUGCCAUUUCUCCCAAGAAAAGAGCUGUGGGAUCGAGCCCCACCUAGAGACCACCAAGGGCGCCGGGGAUAAGAAGAGGACCACCGAGGGCUUCUGUGACAAGGAGGGGAAGCCAGCCCUCGAGGAGCCAACCAAGGAGGAGAAGGAGAAGGCGGCGCUGAAGAGGGGCGCGGGACACCUGCCAGAGGACUCCCCCUAACGUUCCAAGGAGGCCGAGCCCAAACGGGAGGAGAAGGAAGAGGCCGGGGUCGGUGGUGAGAGGUCCCUCCUGGUGGAGGCAGAGAAUAGCAGCUCCCCCUUGGAGCCCAGCUCAGUCUGUCGGCCGCCUCUGGAAGAGCGGAAGCCUGAGGAAGUGGAAGAAGCUCCGGAGAAGGGGGCUGAGGCCCCAGGGGUCAGAGAUCAGGAGAGCUCAAAGUCACCAACGUUUCAGAAGAGCCCUGCCCAUUCCAGUUGCUGCCUGGCUGUUACUGGGGUUUGUUGGAGUUGGGAGCUGGAGGAAAAAGCAUUCCUGCUACAAAUAUAUAGGUGUGCUAAACCAAGGCCUGUUCUGGGCACUGGUGACCGGAUAAAUAAGAUGAUAAUUUCAGAAGGUGAUAAUUUCAGAGUGUGA